AAAGAAUACUUUUUUUUUCUUUUGAGAUUUAUUUUUUUAAUGAAUGUUAGCAUUUAAUGAACCUCCCAGUGUGGCUUCCAGCCACCGGAGAGACACCCCCACCACCCUUGAUCCCCUGGGCUCUUCUGUUGCAGAGUCUGGUCGUUGUUGACAGGCUGCUAUGGCGGCCUCCAUCCCCAGAACUGCAGUAUCCCAGUCCCACCACCCUGAUGACAGGAACAGCUCCUGUCUUGGUUUGCGGCAGCAUCACCAGUGUCCGCUGACUGCUCAGUGUCCACAGUUUAUCCAGGUUGCUGGUUCCUCUCUAAGUGGUAAUGACUCAUACCAGCUUUGCCAGAGUCACCUGGAUGAUUCUGACCCUGUCAUGAGGCAUCCCACCAACAUCCCCUUUCCCCUCCUGGGCGCUUCCAGUCCUUACCAACGUGGCUCUAGCUGUGGCUCACGUGGUCCCGGAAUUUCAGUCUUUAUCUCAAUCUGAGUGGCUGGUGGCCUCAAGGAAAGAGGAAGACUGGCUUUUUGAGACCAGAUCUCAGCUCUGACUGCCUCCAACUGGUUACUUAGCUAGGAAUGACCUUGAACAACUCUUGCCACAGCCUCUCAGGUGCUGGGGUUCAGGUGGGCAGCUUAAAACCCUUUGUAGUGACCCAAGACCCCAACUCAGCUUCCCGGGUCGCCAGAUCACCAGCAACUGAAGUUGCUGUCUCAUAAGUCAUGCCUGCUAUGCCUAACUCAACAUUUAUUAAAUUAUUAAAAGUUGGGAGAGACGGGGGCUGGAGAGAUGGCUCAGUGGUUAAGAGCAUUGCCUGCUCUUCCAAAGGUUCUGAGUUCAAUUCCCAGCAACCACAUGGUGGCUCACAACCAUCUGUAAUGAGGUCUGGUGCCCUCUUCUGGCCUGCAGACAUACAGACAGACGGAAUAUUGUAUACAUAAUAAAUAAAUAUUAAAAAAAAAGUUGGGAGAGAGUUUAGCUGGUUAAGAGUGCAAACUGAGGGCUGGAGAGAUGGCUCAGUGAUUAAGAGUACUGACUGCUCUUCCAGAGGACCCGGGUUCAAUUCCCAGCAUCCAUAUGGCAGCUCACAACUGUCUGAAGAUCCAGUUGCAGGGGAUCUGGCACCUUCACACCAAUGCACAUAAAAUAAAGUAAAUCAUAAAAAAUAUUUUUAAAAAAAUUAGGUGGAGCUCAGGCAACCCUGCAGAAGAGGAGGAGAAAGGAUUGCACAAGCCAGAGGGAUCAAGAACACCACAAAAAAAAAAAAAAGGCGCAAGCUGCUCUUGCAGAGGACUCUAGUUCUGUUUGAAGCACCAACACAGCGGCUCACAGUAGCCUGCAUCUCCAGCUGUGUGUGUGGGGGGGGUCCAGUGCUCUCCCCUGGCCACCACAGGCACUGUGCUCACAUUCCUCCACACAUACACAAUCACAAAGGAAUGAAAUCUUCAGGGGCUGGAGAGAAAGUUGGCUCAGAGGCUAUGAGCACUUGCCGAUCGUGCAGAGGACCCAGUGCUCACGUGGUACCUUAUAGCCAUCUGAAACUCCCAGUUCCAUGGGAUCCAGGAAUGUACGUGGCACGCAUACAUACAGGCAAACACACACACACACACACAAUCUUUUUACAAAGUAAAUGUUUAAAUAAAGGCUGGACAUGAUGGCCCAUGCCUUUAAUCCCAGCACUGGGGAGGCAGAGGCAGAUGGAUCUCUGUGAGUUUGAGGCCAGCUUGGUCUACAGAGCAAGUUCCAGGCCAGGGCUACAAGAGAAACUGUUUUAACCCCACACACACUGAAGAAAAAAAGCUAGUAUUGGAAUCCAAGGCCAUGCACAAGUUAAGCAGAUGCCCUACACAUGAACUCUAUUUCCUAGUUACCACAGAUAAUGGAGAUGGUUGUGAACAUCUGGCUAGAGUAGGUAAUGAAUGGACCUGCUGUGCACUUAUGCACUGGGCUUUUUCUAACAGGAUUCAAUCCCUUUGUGCUCCUGGCAAAGCCAUAGUCUUAUAUUUAUUGUUGUAGCCCUUCCCCUGCCCAUCACGUGCAACCUCCUCUGCUCUUUCCCCAGGACAAAGUCACUCCGCAGAAAAAGCUAAGCGCCUAGGCUCUCGAAGAUGCCCUAAACUCCAGGAAAAGUCCACCCUUGCCGCCACUGUAAUAACUUGCCCUUUGCACAUGUGACGAUGCCACCCGUCCCCAGGAAGCAGCAGGAGAUUCAGGGCUUGUUUUCUAUGAGACUGGAAAGAAGCUGCCUUCAGUUCUCACUCGCGUCUCGCUUUUGUGAUGUUAGAUCGGGAUCCCCUUUGCUCUACUGCCAUUGUCUGCCAAUCUUUUUUUUUUUUUUUUUUUUCUGAGACAAUGUCUCAUGUAAUGCAGUCAUGUAAGGCAUUAUGUAGCCAACAAUGGCCUUGGGUUCCUUUCUCACCCUCCUGUCUCCACGUCCCAAGUGUUGGGAUUGCAAGUGUGCACCACCAUGUUGGCUUUUCUCCGGUGCCCGGGAUCCAGGGCUUCAUGCAUGACAGGCAAACACUCUACCAACUGAACUUCCAUCUAGCCCUAUCCCUUGUUUCCUUUUCUGACUUUGUACUCUUGAGAUACAAAUCCCUGCAGACCGAGGCCUACUCAGGAGGCCCCGUUUUUCUCUUCAGAGUUAAAAGUGAGGAAAAUCCACUACUACUUCCGAAGAGAGGAGGACUUACCAUCUGCCAAUAGUUCGUCCACUCUUUGUGUCUCCAGUAAAACAUAUUAUCCCUUGAGCCGCCUGGUGACUAGCUCUGGGCUAGAACCCAGAAGACAGCUCUGGGGUCAAGUUAAGGAAAGCAGGUCACAGUCGCUGGACAGUGAGGUCACAAAAAGGCUUUAUGUGCCAGUGAGGACAGGGGCCUGGGGCCUGGGGAGCCAAAGGGCCUGCAGAGAUGAGGGCAGGGGCAGGGAGGGGACAGUCAGGAUGGUGAGGAGAAGCCGGAGACAGAAGCUGCAAAAAUUGACCAGGCUGUGCAGACAGGAGGAGGGGCUCAGGGUGAAGCGCAGCUGCCCCUCAGGUGGUUUGGAGGCUGGGACUGAAAAGGAGGGAGGGAACCCUAUUUCUGUCCAGCUGAUCCCCCCAGAGCUGGUGGAACACAUCGCCUCCUUCCUCCCCGUCAGAGAUGUGGUCGCCCUAGGCCAAACCUGCCACUACCUCCAUGAAGUGUGCGAUGCUGAGGGCGUGUGGAGACGCAUCUCUCGCAGGCUCAGUCCACGCGUCUGUGACCAUGGCUGUGGUGCCCGGCCCUGGAAGAGAGCUGCCAUUCUUAACUAUACAAAGGGCCUGUACUUCCAGGCAUUCGGAGGACGCCGCCGAUGUCUCAGCAAGAGUGUGGCCCCCAUGCUAGCCCAUGGCUACCGCCGCUUCUUACCCACGAAGGACCAUGUGUUCAUUCUCGACUAUGUGGGGACCCUCUUCUUCCUCAAAAAUGCUCUGGUGUCUUCCACCCUUGGCCAGAUCCAGUGGAAGCGGGCCUGCCGCUAUGUGGUGUUGUGUCGAGGCGCUAAGGAUUUCGCCUCCGACCCAAGAUGUGACACAGUUUACCGUAAAUACCUCUACGUCUUGGCCACUCGGGAGCAGCCAGCAGUGGUGGGCACCACUGGCAGCCAGGCCUGUGACUGUGUGGAGGUCUAUCUGCAGUCCAGUGGGCAGCGGGUCUUCAAGAUGACCUUCCACCAUUCCAUGAGCUUCAAGCAGAUCGUGCUGGUUGGCCAGGAGACCCAGCGGACUCUGCUGCUCCUCACAGAGGAAGGAAAGAUCUACUCCUUGGUAGUGAAUGAGACCCAGCUGGACCAGCCACGCUCCUACACGGCACAGUUGGCCCUCAGGAAGAUGUCUCGAUGCCUGCCUCACCUUCGUGUGGCCUGCAUGGCUUCCAACCAGAGCAGCACUCUCUAUAUCACGGACCAGGGGGGAGUGUAUUUUGAGGUGCAUACCCCAGGGGUGUAUCGUGAUCUCUUUGGGACCCUUCAAGCCUUUGACCCUCUGGACCACCAGAUGCCGCUUGCUCUCUCCCUGCCUGCCAAGGUCCUAUUCUGUGCUCUUGGCUACAACCAUCUUGGCCUGGUGGAUGAGUUUGGCCGGAUCUUUAUGCAGGGAAAUAACAGAUAUGGGCAGUUGGGAACAGGAGACAAAAUGGACCGAGGGGAACCCACACAGGUUCAUUAUCUACACCGUCCCAUCGCCCUGUGGUGUGGCCUCAACCAUUCCUUGGUGCUGAGUCAGACCUCGGAUUUCAGCAAGGAGCUGCUGGGGUGCGGCUGUGGGGCCGGAGGCCGCCUUCCUGGCUGGCCUAAGGGGAGCGCCUCCUUCGUCAAGCUGCAUAUCAAGGUCCCCUUGUGUGCCUGCUCCCUCUGCUCCACCAGAGAGUGCCUCUAUAUACUGUCCAGCCACGACAUCGAACAGUGCCCAGUCUAUCGCGACCUGCCAGCCAGCAGGGUAGGGGGAAGCCCUGAACCUAGCCAGGGGACCGUUGCCUUCCAAGACCCUCGGGGGACAGCCCAGGCCUGUGAGGAGUACCUCAGCCAGAUCCACAGUUGCCUCACGUUGCAGGACCGAAUGGCGAAGAUGAAGGAGAUUGUGGGCUGGAUGCCUUUGAUGGCCGCUCAGAAAGAUUUCUUCUGGGAAGCACUGGACAUGCUACAGAGGGCUGCUACUGGGAGUAGCCCAGUCACCUCAAACCCUGAGAGCUGACCCCCUCCUCCUAGCCUGUAUUCCUGAAGGACAUCAGGCACUGGGCUAGGGGCUGAGGAGAGACGGAGUGGCAAGCAACAUUGUGUAUACACUGGGGUGGGGGUGG